AUGAUUGAAGAGAACAUUAUCAUAUUUGUGAAGAAUGAGAUGAAGAGGCUCCUGACGGUUCUGAAUCCAAAUGACGAAAAAUGCUUAGGGAGGCAAGGGGACAAUGAAGAGGUGGUUGAUGGUGAGGAUGAAGAUCAGAGGAAGACCAGCAGAGAAGCCUUUCUGAAGAUAACUCUGAACUUCUUAAGGAAAUUUAAGCAGGAGGAGCUGGCUGAUUCUUUGCAGAGCAAAACCGAUCAUUCCAUGUGCCAUGAACUCAAAUCUAAUUUGAAAAAAAAAUUCCAACACGUGCUUGAGGGGAUUGGUAAAGCAGGAAACCCAACCCCUCUGAAUCAGAUCUACACAGAGCUCUACAUCACAGAGGGAGGGACUGCACAGGUCAAUGGUGAACAUGAGGUCAGACAGAUUGAAGCAGCAGCCAGGAAACCACACAGACCAGAAACAACCAUCAGACGAGAAGACAUCUUUAAAGCUUCCCCUGGAAGAGAUGGACCAAUCAGAACAGUGAUGACAAAGGGAGUGGCUGGCAUUGGGAAAACAGUCUUAACGCAGAAGUUCACUCUGGACUGGGCUGAAGACAAAGCUAACCGGGACAUACAGUUCACAUUUCCAUUCACCUUCAGAGAGCUGAAUGUGCUGAAAGAGAAGAAGUUCAGCUUGGUGGAACUUGUUCAUCACUUCUUUACUGAGACCAAAGAAGCAGGAAUCUGCAGGUUUGAACAGUUCCAGAUUGUGUUCAUCUUUGACGGUCUGGACGAGUGUCGACUUCCCCUGGACUUCCACAACACUGAGAUCCUGACUGAUGUCACAGAGUCCACCUCAGUGGACGUGCUGCUGACAAACCUCAUCAGGGGGAAACUGCUUCCCUCCGCUCGCCUCUGGAUAACCACACGACCUGCAGCAGCCAAUCAGAUCCCUCCGGAGUGUGUUGACAUGGUGACAGAGGUCAGAGGGUUCACUGACCCACAGAAGGAGGAGUAUUUCAGGAAGAGGUUCACAGAUGAGGAGCAUGCCAGCAGGAUCAUCCCCCACAUCAAGACAUCACGAAGCCUCCACAUCAUGUGCCGCAUCCCAAUCUUCUGCUGGAUCACUGCUACAGUUCUGGAUGAUGUGUUGAAAACCAGAGAAGAAGGACAGCUGCCUAAGACCCUGACUGAGCUGUACAUCCAUUUCCUGGUGGUUCAGACCAAAGUGAAGAACAUCAAGUAUGAUGGAGGAACUGAGACAGAUCCACACUGGAGUCCAGUGAACAGGGAGAUGAUUGAGUCUCUGGGAAAACUGGCUUUUGAGCAGCUGCAGAAAGGAAACCUGAUCUUCUAUGAAUCAGACCUGACAGAGUGUGGCAUUGAUAUCAGAGCAGCCUCAGUGUACUCGGGAGUGUUCACACAGAUCUUUAAAGAGGAGAGAGGCCUGUACCAGGAGAAGGUGUUCUGCUUCGUCCAUCUGAGCGUUCAGGAGUUUCUGGCUGCUCUUCAUGUCCAUCUGACCUUCAUCAACUCUGGAGUCAAUCUGCUGUCGGCACCACAAACAACUUUGACAUCGUCAACAUUAUUCACAGACCUAUCUUCGGCGAAACAGUUUUACCAGAUUGCUGUGGACAAGGCCUUACAAAGUCCAAAUGGACACCUGGAGUUGUUCACCCGCUUCCUCUUGGGUCUUUCACUGCAGACAAACCAGACACUCCUAUGUGGUCUGCUCACAAAGACAAGUAGUUCCACAGAAAAAAUUCAAGAGAGCAUCCAGUACAUCAAGAAGAAGAUUGAAGAGAAUCCAUCUCCAGAGAAAAGCAUCAACUUGUUCCACUGUCUGAAUGAGCUGAAAGACCAUUCUCUAGAGAAGGAGAUCCAGUGGUACCUGAGUUCAGAUGCUCUCUGCUCAGAUAAACUCUCUCCUGCUCAAUGGUCAACUCUGGUCUUCAUCUUACUGUCAUCAGAAAAAGAUCUGGAUGUUUUUGACCUGAAGAAAUACUCUGCUUCAGAAGAGGCUCUUCUGAGGCUGCUGCCAGUGAUCAAGGUCUCUAACAAAGCUCUGUUGAGUGGCUGUAACCUCUCAGAGAGAAGCUGUGAAGCUCUGUCCUCAGUUCUCAGCUCAGAGUCCUCUAGUCUGAGAGAGCUGGACAUGAGUAACAACAACCUAAACGAUUCAGGAGUGAAGCUGAUCUCUGCUGGACUGGAGAGUCCACAUUGCAAACUGGAAACUCUCAGGUCAGGAUUCUACAGUCUUGAAAACUACUUUAUAUCCUGUAAUAUUGGAGAAUAUUGUCAGACCAGUUGCACUACUUUAUAUUAUUUAAAUUUCUUUUUUAGUGCGUCUGCCGUUGAAUGUUAUAUAACCAGGAGCAAACUUCUGUCUGGCAGGCUGUCAGGCUGUCUGGUCACAGAGGAAGGCUGUGCUUCUCUGGCUUCAGCUCUGAGCUCCAACCCCUCCCACCUGAGAGAGCUGGACCUGAGAUACAAUCAUCCAGGAGACUCAGGAGUGAAACAGCUAACUGCCAGAGUGGAGGAUCCAGACUGUAGACUGGUCUCUCUCAGAGUUGACCACAGUGGAGUCUCCAGGCUGAAACCAGGUCUGAAGAAGUAUGCCUGUGAAGUUGCAGUGGACCCAAACACAGCCCACAGAAACCUCUUCUUAUCUGAUGACAACAGAAAGGUGACAUCGAUUAGAGAGGUUCAGCCAUAUCCAGAUCACCCAGACAGAUUUAACCACUGGAGACAGCUGCUGUGUGAAACGGGUAUGACUGGUCGCUGUUACUGGGAGGUCGAGUGGAAAGGAGAACUUCACAUAGCGGUGACAUACAAAGGAAUCAGAAGGAGAGGAGACUGUGCCGAGAGCAGGCUGGGAGGGAACGAUCAUUCCUGGAGUCUAAAAUGUUCUGAUGAUGGUUACUCUGUUUGUCACAGUGACAGAGAAACAGCCAUACGCCUUCCCUCCUACUCCUCUGACUCUGACAGAGUAGCAGUGUAUGUGGACUGUCCUGCUGGCACUCUCUCCUUCUACAGAGUGUGUUUUAACACGCCGAUCCACCUCCACACCUUCAACACCACAUUCACUGAACCUGUUUACCCCGCAUUUGGGUUUAGUUCCGAGUUACAGUUUAGGUCCUUUGGUAUAUCCAUGUGUAUUUGUCAGUUGUGAACGGGAGAGUCAGCUUCUGAAUUAGAGAGAGACACACUGCUUACUGGUUCAGUCUGUACAUACACACGCACAGAAAUCAAAUACUUCAAAAUGAUGUAUUCAACCAUCAGAAAUACUUUUUUACAAAAUCAUUCCUCCGUCUCUGCAUAAACAUCUCCCAGAUGUCUAAAGCUGUUAAACGAGGACCAAGAUAUAAUUAAUCUUAAAAACUAAAAAGGUUCCAGGAGCUAAACAUCGACUACAUGACAACUACAAGAUGAACCUUCGAUUCUGUCCUUGAGAAAUGGUUGAUCUUUUAAUACUGUACUAUAGAGUGAGUCUAACAAGAUUUCAGAUAAUUCUUAUUUUAUUUUGUGAAAUGAAUCCUACCUUUGUGAAAGCGUUUUAUGUUUGAAUCUUUGUUUGAGAAGAGUUGAUUGAUUCAACAUUAUUGUGAUCACAAAGGUUGCAGUUUAAGAACAAAUGACAUAGGUGCUAGUAAUGUGACACUGUAAGGAUUGAAACGAUUUUAAUACCUUUAGCUGAAUUUCUAUUAAACACUGUAUAUAUUAAGGGUCUCUGUAUCCUGCAUUUCUUUAUAACAAUGUUGUAAAAAGCUGCCUCCAGAAAUCAUUGUGGAUUUCAUUUCAUCUUUAAAAACCCUCAUGUUGUGCCCCAGUCUGGACUCUCGACGAAGGCUGUGUAACCACAAAGCAGAGAGUUCCACUUUUACAGUUUUAUAUAGUUCACAUUUUUAUUAUGUUUUUCUUUAUAGAUCCCAAUACAUAUUAUUAUGGAUCGCAAGUUUGUUGAUAACCAAUAUUGUUAAGUAGCAAAUUAAGUCUGAACUAUAAUGCUGGCCAGGGUGAAGUUACUGCAGAACACUUUCACAUCCAGCCUAUAGAGAUUAGAUUAUGGACAUUGUGAAAUAAUUCAGAAUGUGACUGGAUAUUAAUGUAUUAAAAACACUGGUAUACUGUACAUGCAUUAGAAAAACAUUUUUGUCUCUAAAUAAAGUCAAAGUACA